AUGUUUAAAACCUCAAUAUUUGGAUCUAAUAAAUCUUCUUCGUCGUCGUCAGCCUCUAAAACAAUAACAAUAAAUACUCAAAGGGAUAUAAUUCUUGAACAAUUGAUUUCAAUAUUUCCUGAUGCAGAUCAAGAAUAUUUAAAUUAUUGCAUUGGGUUUUAUCGUGAUAAUCAUGUUGAACGUAUUAGUGAAAAAAUAUUUAAUUACAACAAAGGACACUACCCAAAAGUACCAAAAGGUUGUACAAACGCCAAUUCAAUCGAAGCAAAAAACUCUUAUUUAUUACAACUAAACGAUCUAUUUCCAGAAUGCGACAUAUCCUUUCUGCGUGACUGCAUUUCAAAUCAAAACAAUAACCAUGUUCAUCAAAUUACUGAAAUGCUAUUAAAUAUGGAAAAAUCUUCACAACAAAAAGCUUAUCCAAAAAGGAUUCAACCUUUCGUCAUAGAAGAUUGGGAAUUGAUUCGCUCGCCACAAUAUCGUAAAGCAGUCAGAUAUCGUUUAUAUAAUGAUUUUCCGGAUAUUUGGAAAUCAACCAUCAAAGCUGUUUUGGCCGAGAAUAAUUUUGAUUAUAGAAAAAGUUAUGAUAAACUUAAAGAUUUGUCUCAUAAUAAUAGUUAUUGGUGGAAUUCUAUAUUUAGCGUUUUUAAGCGCAAAAAAUAUAUCGAUAUAGAUGAUAAAGAUUUAAUUAGCGAAGUUUAUAAAUUAAAAUCUCUCCAGCUAGAUGAAUUAUCUCGUAAUGAUCACAAAAUAGCAAAACAAAUUAAUUUCACCGAAUACACCCAAAACAAUCAACUAAUCACUUGUGGUUGUUGCUAUGGUGAUUAUCCUUUCGAAGAUUUCACGUGUUGUAACGAGGGUCAUUUAUUCUGUAAAGAAUGUAUAAAUCAUUUAGUACAAGAAGGUUUAUACGGUCAAGGUUCUUUAAGAGGAAAAAUAAUUAAUUGUAUUGAUUCUUCUUCACCCGGUGAUGAUGGAAUUGGUGCGGCCACUAGUGGUGGUUGCAAUGGCUAUUUUACUGAGGAAAAACUUAAAUCCUGCUUAAAUCCUGAUCUUUUCAAACGUUAUGCAGAGUCAUUAAUAGAACAUUCUUUAAAACAAUCAAAUCUUUUACUUAUUCAAUGUCCUUUUUGUCCUUAUUGUGAAGCAGAUGAUGAUGACGAUGAUCCUUUUCGCCAAAUAAAAAUACCAAAAACUUUUAUAAUAAUUAGCAGCGUUCCUUUGGCUCUUUUACCUUUUUUCACUUCUUUCGAAAAUGUUAUGAGUGCUUUGAAUGUAGUUGCUAUUAUUGUCAUACCUCAAAUAUUUUUAAGUUUAUUGGGUCUGUUUCCGAUAAAAACUUGGUUUGAAGAUUUUGACAAUAUCGUGAAAAGGGUGAAAAGAAAACGCAGAGGUAAUAUUUUUAAAUGUAGAAAUCCAGAAUGUAAUAAAGUGUCUUGCUUAUUGUGUAAUCGAGAAAGCAGACCUUUUCAUAAAUGUUACGAGCAAGAACAAGAUAGUUUAAGACUUUAUGUAGAAAGAGCUAUGGCAGAAGCUGUAAAAAGAACAUGUCCAAAAUGUCAUGUUUCAUUUACAAAAGCGGAUGGUUGUAAUAAAAUGACAUGUAGAUGUGGAUAUGUAAUGUGUUAUCUCUGUAGAAAAGAUUUACGUCAAGAAUCAUAUGCACAUUUCUGUGAUCAUUUCCGACCAAUACCCGGACAAAAAUGCAAAAAAUGUAAUAAAUGUGAUCUUUACAAAACAGAAGAUGAAGAAAAAGUGGUAAAAGAAGCUGCCGCUAAAGCAAGAGCUGAAUAUAUAAAAUUACAUCCUGAAGCAAGAGAUGUUAAUCUAUUGGAAAAUACUGCUAUAGGUCCAAUAAAAAAUGAUGGUAUGCAUUGA